CGUUGCAGUUUACACUCUGAACAAGGAGAUUCGGGUCAUAGAUGCUCAAUAUAAGUAUCUUUUAGCCGUCUAUUCUUUCAAAAAUAAACCGGUAAAUAUAUGAUGCUAUGUUCUCUAUAGAUUCCAAUAUUUUCUCUUCCUGUUUGGUGUACUUGAAAUUGUAUACGUUCGGCAAAUUAUUUUUUAUUCAGUUGCUUAGAGUUUAGAUAUAGACAAGGAUAUCAAUCCAUUGGGUCCUGAACUCCUGAUCUUUGGACAUAAUAUGACGUAUCUUAAAAAGCAGGUUACAAUUUAAAUCUGAUUUAACAGAUUUCUGUCUUUCGUGAUCCUUCUAGAGUUUUGUUACCAGCUUUUCUUAUUUGCUUCUUUUUAUAAUUUGCAUCUAGCUUAUUUUUCUUUUAUAACCAUUUUCAUGAAAUUCUCUGUUUUUCUUUCUGCUAAACUUUUGCAUAAACAACAUAGGUAUGAACUAUUCUAUUUGGUGUGUAGAUAAAGGUGUCGGCCCCUAGACUCAUCACCUUUGCAUGUUUAACUUUCUUUGGCUCUAGCCUUUCCUAGCAAGAUCAGCAAGUCCUUUGUUAAUUUAAUUGCCUGGUAUUGGAUAAAGGAGGAAUAAACAAGUGGAUAAGUAAGAAUACUCUUAGAUUUAUACUUGGUUCCAAACGACUUAAGCAUUGUACAGUAGCAAUUCAAGUACUAGAUUGUAGAAUCUGCUACAGUGAAUAAUGCAGGUAGUUUGAUUGAACCAUGAAGACAUCUGUGCCUUUGAAUUAUUGGAGAUGUUCAAAGGAAGGAGAAAGGAAAAAUAAGGAGAGGACAAGUGGAGUACGAUCUUGUUUAGUCAUGAAAAUAAUAACAGAGAAAGAAAAGAGGUUCAUGGGUUCAGAUCAUUACCCUAUUUGACGAAUUCUUAGAAUUACAUAAUAGAUUUGUGCAUGGGUGAUGCCUCUAGAUCUUGAUCAGUGCAAGCUUUACGUAAAUGAGAGAAACACUACCAAAGAUUAGUCCUACCUGAGACAUUAGGAUCAUUUUCACUAGAAACAGUAGGAGGAGGUGACUUUUAUACCUCGGAAUGAUUAGUCUGCCCGCCAAAGCUGAGUUUUUUUCAAAAGACUACAACUGACUUUUCAAAUCGUAAUCAUCUUAUCUUUGUAUUAAUAAACAGAAAACUGGUGAGGAAUAAAUGAAGGAUUUGGGUUCCUCCGAGUAUAUAAGCAAGACCAGAGCACAUGCAGGCUUAGGAAAGACUGAUGAAAAUGGAGAAUAUGAGAGUGAAGCAUUUUGUGCCUUUUCUUUUGCUUCUUUGCUUGGCAAGAAUCUGUACUAAUAUUGUUGCAACUGACCAUAUGUCAUCUGGGAAGAAGCAUUUUGUGCUGGUUCAUGGAGCUGGUCACGGAGCUUGGUGUUGGUAUAAGCUGGCAACUCUAUUGAACUCCACAGGUCACAAUGUUACAACUCUAGACCUUGCAGCAUCCGGUAUCAACCCGAUCCAGGUACAGCAAGUUCAUUCGUUCUCAGACUACGUUGAGCCAUUGAUCAAAUUUCUGGGGUCUCUGUUACCAAAAGAGAGGGUUAUCCUGGUUGGCCACAGCAUGGGUGGGGCGGUGAUAUCAAUUGCCAUGGAGAGGUUCCCUGAGAAAAUUGCUGCAGCUGUUUAUGCCACUGCUUUUAUGCCUGGUCCUGCUCUGAGUUACUUGACUAUUUUUGAGAAGAUUCAGGAAACAUUGGUGUCAGCUGACGUUCAGUAUAGAUAUGAUCAGGGGGCCAACAAACCUCCAACCUCGCUACUCAUUGGACCAAAACUAUUGUCUUCGAGAUUGUACCAGCUAUCGCCACCAGAGGAUCUAAAACUAGCAUUGUCAUUGGUGAGAUUUUCCCCUCUAUUUAAUGAAGAAAUAAAACUCACCGAGGAGAAGUACGGAUUGGUUCCAAGAGUUUUCAUCGUGUGUGACCAAGACCUUACAAUACAGGAGGAUCUGCAAACGUGGAUGAUCAGGAAAAAUCCCCCAAAUGAAGUGAAGGUUAUAAAUGGUUCCGAUCACAUGGUCAUGUUUUCUAGACCACUGGAGCUGUUCUCCAACCUCCUGAACGUUGCUGAGAAAUAUUCUUAAAGAUCUUGAUUACCUAGCUAGUUAUAAAUUACUAGUUAGAAGCCUAGAAAUUCAUCAUUGUAUGAAUAAUUGAAGUAGAUUAGCUACCCUCUUUGGUGAAUGGUGACUGUCUAUAUACAUAUGCACGAAUAACUUCUCAGAAAAUAAAUCACAUAUGUGAUGUAAACUGUUCUUACAAAAUUACCAAUAAAGUCAAUUAUGAAGAAGAAAAGAAAAGUCUCAUUUGGAGUAUAACAUCUGUCGUAA